AUGUCGAAGCAAGGUAUUUUGCUACAUCAAAGAAAGUAUGUCAAAGAGAUACUCAAGAGAUUACAGAUGGAUGAUUCGGCUCCUGCAUCUUCACCAGUCGAACCAAACUUGAAGUUGGAGAAACAUAGAAAGGAAGACAAAGUCGGUGCAACUUUGUUCAAACAAAAUGUCGGAUCUCAGAGAUAUAUGUGCAACAGUCAACCUGAUAGAGGUUUCUCAGUCAGGUUAAUGAGAAGAUACAUGAGUGAACCAAUGGUGCCACACGUGAAGGCUGCAAGAAGAAUCCUGAGAUACUUAAAAGGAUCGAUAAACUAUGAAAUUCUAUUUCGACGAGACUCUGAAAACAAAGAGGCUAUAGUUACUUUCUAUUCAGAUGCUGAUUGGUGUGGAGAUAAGGAAGAUCAAAGAAGCAUAAUUAGUUAUUUCUUUCAAGUAUUUGGUGCCCUAAUCUCACGGUGCUCGAGAAAGCAACAUGUGGUGGCAUUGUCAUCGUGUGAGGAUGAAUAUGAAGCAGGAUCCUAUGUUGCGUGUCAAGCAAUUUGA